CACUGUGUUCUCAUGGUGUUUGUGAUCAGAACACUGGUGCUUGUGUCGAGGAUUGCAGUGUCAGCGAAGAAGGAAGUGAGCUUAACUGUACACGGACCUGCCCCCAGCCAGGAUGCUCUACGGGCUAUAGUAACAGCGCUCGUCCUCAUAUCAGCACAACUACACUGGCGAUCAUUGUGAGUGCUGUCCUUUUCCUCCUGGUUGCAAGUCCUGUUUGCUGUUUCUGUUUCCGCAAACACGCAUGUGCACAAAGGUCAGCCGGUACACACAACAGUGUAUUAGAGCAGGCAGACCCCAAUUACAUGGACUACCAAGAAGUUCAGAAGUAUUGGGAAAUCAGAGAAGAUGAAGCAGAACUGGGCGACGGGAUACGGAAUCAGAACAACGAAAGCACAAGCGAUGUCAGUGAUGACGCACUGCCUGCGUUAGCAGAUUACUUUCCGGGAGCUGUCAACGUAGUGGCUGAAGAUGACGACGUUGUAGCUGGACAUGACGGCAUUCAAGGUGGAGUUGGUGACGUUGAGGCUGAAGGUGGUGACAUUGAAGCCGACGAUGAUGUUCCAGAUGGUACAACAGGCAGUUCAGUCUCCGAUGACCACUCCUACACACACCUGACGAUGGACGUCCCUGUUGCUGGUCCGAGAACAGUCGCCUUAUAUAUAUCUCCACUCGAGGACUGAUAUUUUAUAUCUAUUUCGAUUCAAUUUAUACCAAUGCUAGAAGCAGAGGAUGAUGACUUUGAAGCAGAGGAUGGUGACUUUGAAGCAAAAGAUGGUGACUUUGAAGCAGAGUAUGAUGACUUUGUAGCAGAGGAUGGUGACUUUGAAGGAGAAGACGGUGACACCGAAGCAGAGAAUGGUGACACCGAAACAGAAGAUGGUGACACAGAAGCAACAGGUGGUGACAUUAAGCAGCGGGUCGAACAUGUGUCACAGACAACCACACAUACUCACACGUCAUGAGGAAGACCUUCAUUGCUGAGACCACACAUUGUAUGUGACGACACAUUGUAUAUUAGUAUAUAUUGUUUAGAUACAAUGUAUAUUCUUUCAACAUCACUUAUAAAUUCUCUAAGGUUCAGCAGUGAAGAGCUAAACUUCCAACACUGUCCUAAUUGCUAGUCGUCUGGAAAAUAUGACGAAAUGUUGAAGGAGAUUUACUCCUUAAUAAAUUAAGUUUACUAUAUCUGUGUUGCUUAACGCUGCAUGCAACUAUAUUGCAGCUAAAGGAAUUAAAACUGUAAAUAUCACGUUUGGACCUGACAAGCUAGUGAUUGUUAGUAUGCCCAACAUCCCAAGUGGACUGCAUGUUUGUUGUUCAAGUCGGCACUCAACUACAUUGCAACUAACUAUCUGUUCUUGCCCAACAUUCCACGGGGCUUUAUUCAGAUUUCUGUAAUUAAACGAGAUUUUAAAUUCUUUAAGAUGCAAUUGUUUCAAGAUGAAAAAAUAUGUGUAAGGUGGCACAGCCCGCCGCUCUGGAACAUACAAUGAAGGACACAUGAUC